GUUGCAAGAAAAUUUAUGAUCCCCAAGGUCAAACUUAGAUCAAUCUUUGAUUAGAUUACAGAACAAGAGAAAAAAGUUUCAAUCUUCAAUGGAACAUGUCAGAGCUAUCUUCUCCUUCUUCUUUUUUGCUUGUGUCCUAACGUAUCUUCCACGUCAGACCUUAUCCCAGGUAGAUGUUUAUGAGUUUGAUCCAGAGAGCUACUGUCUAGAUAGAGGCAACUUCACUGCCAAAAGCACUUUUGCCAGAAACCUCAACGGGCUUGUCUCCUCUCUCUCCUCACUAACAACAUCGAAACCUUAUGGCUUCUACAACUUCUCCUCUGGAGACUCACCUGGAGAAAGAGCUUAUGCCAUUGGUCUUUGUAGAAGAGAAGUCAAAAGAGAUGCUUGUCUCAGAUGUAUUCAGACAGCUGCAAGAAACCUCACCGAGCAGUGUCCUCGGACAAAACAAGCUGUUAUGUGGUACACGCACUGUAUGUUUCGUUACUCGAACAUGACAAUCUAUGGAAGAAAAGAGACGGACCCAACUGGGGCUUUCAUUGAGGAUGAAACCAUAUCAGAAAACAGAGGUGAGUUUGAGCGUCUUCAGAGAGGGCUGCUGGAUGGGCUCAAAGCGAUUGCUGCGGCUGGUGGGCCGAAUAGGAAAUACGCUCAAGGGAACGGUUCUGCUUCGGCAGGGUACAGGAGAUUCUACGGAAGUGCGCAGUGUUCGCCGGAUUUGUCUCAACAAGAUUGUGAUGACUGUCUAGCUUUUGGCUUUGAGGGUGUCAAAAGUUGUUGUGAUGGUCAGAUUGGGUUUAGGUGGUAUUGUCCUAGUUGUAACGUCCGGUUUGAGACCUGGAGAUUCUAUGAGCUUGACGCCGACCUAGAGCCUGAUCCACCUGGUGCUGUUGGUUCACCAACACCAGCUGCAAAAACUGUAAAAACUGGUAAGGGCAAAGGUGGUUCUAAAGUCGUAAUCGCGAUAGUCAUUCCAAUAGUUCUUGUUGCUUUAUUUGCGGUUUGCCUAUGCUUGGUCCUAAAGUGGAAGAAGAACAAGUCUGUAGAAGUUGCCGAGGAUGAGUUCUCGAAUACAGAUUCUCUGGUAGUUGACUUUGAAGACGUAAAGGCCGCAACAAAUAACUUUUCUUCUGAAAACGAACUUGGACGUGGUGGGUUUGGCUCAGUUUAUAAGGGUAUGUUCUCUCAUGGACAAGAAAUCGCGGUGAAAAGAUUGUCAGGUACUUCUGGACAAGGAGACAUCGAAUUCAAGAACGAAAUCUUAGUACUUGCAAAGGUUCAACAUAGGAAUUUGGUUAGGCUUUUGGGUUUCUGCAUACAUGGACAAGAAAGACUCCUUGUUUAUGAGUUCAUCAAGAACGCAAGUCUUGACCAUUUCAUUUUUGAUCUUGAGAAGCGUCAACUUUUGGAUUGGGGAGUGCGAUACAAAAUGAUCAGAGGAGUUGCUAGAGGACUUCUUUAUCUUCAUGAAGACUCUCGUUUCCGGAUCAUACAUCGUGAUCUUAAAGCUAGCAACAUUCUUUUGGACCAAGAAUUCAAUCCAAAAAUCGCGGAUUUUGGCUUAGCUAAACUCUUUGACACUGGCCAAACCGUUACACAUCGGUUUACAAAAAGAAUUGCAGGAACUUACGGGUAUAUGCCUCCCGAAUACGCCAUGGACGGACAAUUCUCAGUCAAAACAGACGUUUUCAGCUUCGGUGUAUUAGUCAUUGAGAUCAUUACAGGUAAGAGAAACAACAAUGGUGGAUCUAAUGAUGAAGAAGAUGCAGAAGAUCUUCUUCCUUGGGAGAGUGCAUCGACUAGACCAACAAUGGCUUCCGUUGCUUUAAUGCUCAACAGCGAUUCGGUUACUCUCCCGAUACCUACAUGGCCUGCGUUUGUGUUAGAGAGUGUGAUGCCUCGGAAUGUUUCUUCUUCAACUGAAGAGUUACAAAUGUCGUUGAAUGAUGUCACUGUUUCUGAGUUAUUUCCUCGUUAG